AUGGCACCACUCGCACCUAGGACCCGACGAUGUGCAGCCAGAGCGGCUACUCAGCUUUCUUCCGAUGCGUCUCGAGUCGUCGCUCCACCAACUGCAAGACUUCCCGCAGCGGACAAGUCUGUCCUAGCGGAAACAAGGCGAGCUCGUAUGGCGACAUUCGUUCCACAGCCAGGUCGGAUUCGUCCAUUGCCAUCGACUCUCUUCGCGCUGCCUGCCCAACACCGUGAGAGGGGGCUUUGCUUUCGACGACCCUUCCACACCUACUUCGUCACUCACCUCCCGUCAUCAUCGCUUCAACCCGACUCCCGCAGCUCCGUAGGACCCGGCCACAAGCUGCCCCGCGAUGCCUCGACUCCUCACGUUCCAAGCCCCGGCUCCUCUCCCGCCGUGGUGCUUCCCAACAUGCCGAGCCGCGACUUGACUGUUGUGAGGAUACCACUCAAGCGGGCGAAGCAUCAUUUUGGCUCCCACACCGCCCGAGGAAGCCGGCCUUACAACGAAGACGCGGACCAGGCCGGUAUCGUCAACAUGCCAGCCUUCGCCAAGAGGGCUCCCAUGAACAUCAGCAAAAAACCAGGAGAAGCUACGCCGGCGAGCAGUGCAUCGGGUGAUCCCCAGAUCUUCUAUUUUGGAGUCUUCGACGGCCAUGGAGGGACUCAAUGCGCCCAUUUCUUGCGCGAUGAGUUUCAUGGCUACAUCGAGGAAGCGGCAAGGGAGUUUGGUUUGCAGAGCAGUCUUCUGGCGAGCCAACCUGGCCAUGAACUAUAUGCCGCCCCUUCCUUGGGGUUGGCGAGCAACAAAACUGUCCAGAAAAGCGCCGCCAGCGAGGCGGACGAGCCAGUGCCGGAGGAUGUGAAUGAAGUUGGGAAAGAGGAUGCUAUGGCAGGUGAUCACGACGAGAGCGGUUCAGCCGAGCACCGAGGCCAUGGAAGCGCCCUGCCUGGCGCCGAAUCGGUUCCCGCCGAGGUUCAUGACUAUGAAAGGACGAUACAGCUCGAGAAAGACAUUGUGAAGGAAUAUGCAGACACCGUCGGCGGCUACUUUCGCCGCUUCAACCCUGAGCACUUUGCCAUCCAGGGGCACGAGGAUGAUGAGUCGCCCAUCACGGUGGAAUCUAGCCUUACAUACGCCUUCUUGCGCGCCGACCUCGACUUUGUCCUGGCCCAAGCGAGGAAGACUGACCCCGACCAGUCGGACAUUCCGGUCAACGACGAUGAGAUUCUCGGCGUACCCCAUGCCACGCCUUCGGGCCACCACAUCGGCGGUACCAUGCGCUUCAAAGGCGGAUCGACGGCGUCUGUGGCCCUCAUCUCGACGCCGACCCCUGUGCCGUUCUGGCAUCCUGACUCGCAGUCGACCCUCCUGGUGGGCCACGUCGGUGACAGCCGCAUCCUCCUCUGCGAAACCGCGACGGGCCUCCCUCAUCCUCUCACGUCUGACCAUCACCCGAGCACGCCGACGGAGAGCGCGCGCCUCCGCCGCUACGCCCCAGCCGGCUCCAUGGUCUCGGGCGACAGCUUUGGUGAGCAGCGCAUCGCCGGGCUUGCCAACAGCCGCGCUUUUGGCGACAUCCGGAGCAAGAGAAUCGGCGUGUCCGCCGAGCCAGAAAUCACUCGCGUCGAAAUGGGCCCUGCUGAAUACUCCUUCCUCAUCCUCAUGAGUGAUGGCGUUUCAGGCACCCUCAGCGACCAGGAGAUUGUCGACAUCAUCAAGGAGGCCAAGAUUCCCGUGGAGGGCGCCCGAAACGUUGUCGAGUAUGCCGCAGAAGUCUCCAGGGACGGCGAUAACGCCACCUGCCAGGUCAUUCGUCUCGGCGGCUGGGAGCGCCGCUCCGAGGGCGGUCUCGGCAGCAUGGGCACCAAGGAAAUUCGAGACAUUAGGCUCGCUGAAGCUCAAGAUCCACGUCGGGGCAAGCGAUGA